AUGUCAAAUAAAGAUGAUGAAUCAAUUGAAAUGUUAUAUUCAAAAGCAUGUCUUGAUUUAAAUAUGGAUAUGGAAACAAAAAAUCGAUCAAGUGUUGAACAUGUUUUUAAUAUAUCAUCAAUUAUAUUUGAAAAAUAUACAAAAAUAUUUAUUGAAAUAUUUGGUGGACAUCAAUAUAAAAGAACAUCAAAUCAAAUAAAUCCUAAAUCAAAUACAAAAAAUAAAUAA